UGGACGUCUACCAACACAUUUUGUGUUUGAAUUUAAGCGUGUUUUAUUUUUCUUUCUAGCUGUCUUCAGGUAAAACAUUUCUGGAUUUUUAUAAAUGUUAUAAAUGUUGAAAGAAGAGGCACUGGUAAAGGAAAGGACACUUUAUGGACAUGACAGCUGCUGCUGAUCGAUAACCUCUGAAAGUGGAGUUUUUGGCGCGGCUUCGAAACAGUGGCAGAAACUAGUUAACCUAGGUUAGCGAGCUGUAGCUCAGUUCCCUCAGCAGACAGACCUUAUAUAUCUCCACCCUGAUUCAUUUACACGGUAAAAUCAGGAUGGUGGGGAAUAAAUAUGUCUUUCAAAUAUCUGGAGUCAAGAAUCUCCAACAGAAAAGAGAGCUUCUUCAAGGCAUCAGGCGGCUACGUGGGAAGUAUAUAGGAGGCUCCGAAUACCAAGAGGGGGUGACCCAUCUUAUAGUGACCAGUCCUUUAGCGAGUGAGAAGUUCAUUGCAGCAUGUGCUGGAGGGAAGUGGAUAGUAACUCCAGAGUUUGUGCUGGACAGUGUUAAACACCAGGCAUGGCUCUCAGAAGCCUCUUAUGAGUUAAACCUCUGUGCUAACCUUAAGGCUCCUGCGAUUACCAACCCUCUUCAGAAAUGGAGGGAGAAAGUAUCCAGAGGCUUAGUGUCUGGAGCUUUCCAGGGCUGGGUUGUGUGUCUUGAUAUUGAAGAUACUGGUAGAAGAGGCAUGUUUGAAAGAAUACUGAAAGCAGGGAAGGCUGUGGUCUGCACUGACAAGUCGGCUACACAGGCUGUAACACAUGUGUUUACCAAAGAUGGAAGCAAGAUGUCGAAAAAUGUCAGAGCACCCUACCACACCCUCAGCUUCAUCGCUCAUCAUCUCUUUGGGUCUCUUUGCUCAAGUUUGAACUGGUCCAUUAAUUUGGACAAACCUAAAUUCCAAGAGAACUUCAUGCAAGUGGAGGCAACUGAGGACAGUUCACUUAAAAUGGAGGAGGAAUCUAUGGACGUAAUGUAUAACUUACUUCUCUUUGAGCUAGAGGAAAAGCUCAAAGACUACGUUAUGAAAAUGGAGCUGCGAAAGAGGAAGCUGCUAAAAGUCCCAGAGCUUUUCAACUACUAUAUGCCCGUCUUUCCAACUCAGGUUGCAACGGUGGAUUUCAGUAACGUUCGCAGCUUGGUGGAAUGUGGCCUCUUCCCUCAGGCUCUGGAAGAUGUGCAGUGCUCCCUGCAGCCCGGGGUGCUUCCUCCAGCCUCCGUUCUCCAUGCAUGUAUGCAGCAUGCCCUACAUGGAGAAGCACAGUCAUACUUCCUCAGCAUGCUCAGCACUGUUCUGAAUGACAUACUGCGUAACAAUCCUACCUGGAGCUCUCCUGGGAGCGUCAAAUACUUCCUCCAGAUCCUGCAGUGCCCACAGUGUAAAAAUGGAGUCUGGCCACUCCUACAAACAUCAGUGAGGUUUUGCUUGUCAAGCGCAGCUACCUGUCACUCACUACCUAGCCCCGCCCCUCCAGAGCUGCUCCGCUUCCAUGGUAACCUGCAGGCGUUCUUUCUCAGGCUGUUUCAGCUGGAACUCCGUGCUGCUAGCUCACGUGGGGGAGGCUCGCGGACGUCUGUGCUCUACAGCAUGUUCUGGAACGUGUGGGAGAAGUCAACACUGAGCUCCAGGGCCCUGCAGCAGCUGGCUGAACUGCUGGUAGAGGCCGUGCUCUGGGGUCUCCACUCUACUCAGGAGGGGAAAGGGAGACUGCUGGCCACGUUGCAGGAGAUCCUGGCUGUAGUGGUGGAGUACUGGGCUCAAGAGCAUAGUAAGCUCAACAGCCGUCUGGUGGACAAAGGCUUCCAGGACUUGGCGGAGUACAUAGCCAUCCUGAGCCAAGACCUUCAUCCGGACACUCUGAAAGAGCUGGUUCCUGCCCUCCCCUCUCCUCGGCUCAGGAUGCUCAUUGCUGACGCCAUCUACAGAAACAUCUGCUCCAGAAAUGGCCUGUUCAUCCACCCAGAGCCCCUCUCUCUGCUCAAAAUAGUUUCCUCCUAUCUGAAAGCCCUGGGGCAGUUGUGUGGGCGCACACUCAUGCAUGCACACAAUCGCAGGGCAGAGAGAAGCAUCUCCAGCAGCUCAGAUAGUCAGGUGUCAAACAUAGGAGAGAAAGAGCGAGUGGGCGGCUCAGGCUCGGGGAAGGAGAACAUCCCGAGAGGUUUCCACAGAGUCAAUCCUGCAGGGGAGACACUCCUCCAUCGAGCCUGCAAGAGGAACCAGGUGGAGACGGUGCUGCACAUCCUCAGCCUGCCUGGAACGGACGUCAACGUUAAAGACCAUGCAGGCUGGACACCCCUCCAUGAAGCAUGUAACCAUGGCAGCAGUGAGUGUGUGGAGGUCUUGCUGCAGAAUUGCCCUGGCCUGCAACUGGACAGUCAGGUGAAGGGAGUGAGCCCACUGCAUGAUGCGCUACUCAACCAGCACACAGAUAUUGCCAAAAUGCUGUUACGCCAUGCAGGUUCGUCACUGCUGCAUUUGCGUGAUGAUUUUGGUCGCACACCACUGGACCUGGUGUCUUCGGCUCUGCGUGAGGAGCUCCAGCGCUGUGCACAGGAGGCAGACUCUGCCCUGGAGGUCCAGUGCUCAGAGGUUAGAGAUCUGGCCUUCAUAGAGGCCUGUUCAUGCUUGCUUAGCUGCCUCCUCGUCUCCUACCUCCUGGAGCACCACAUACCCUCGUAUGAAGCUCUAGAUCCACCACUGGAACUCUCUCCCUCCAUAGCUCAGGCACUAAUCACCACAAGCCCAGAGACAGUAGCCUCCAGCUGGGGAGACUCAGGGGCAGUGUCCCUGGCUGAAGAUCUGAGGACUCUGAUGAGUAUGGAGCAGUAUGUGCUGCAGGUUAACCCUGCGCUAAUGCACUGCCAGGGGCCACACACUAGUGUGUUUGUGCAGCUGCUGAAGGAUCUGCAGGCUGAUGGGGUUGCACUGCUGAACGGACAGUCUGAACUGUAACUAAUAAUGAGGAUGAUGAUGAGGAUGAUGAUGAUUGUUGUUGUUGUUGUUGUUGUUGUUAUUAUUAUUAUUAUUAUUAUUAUUAUUAUUAUUAUUAUUAUUAUUAUAUAGAGUAGAUUCUAAUACAACAAUUCCAAAUUGAACUUGAAAAUUCUGGGCAUC